GCGCCGGCAGCUGGAAAGAAUGGAGUCGCAGCCUCUCGAUUCGGACUCGGGCGUGGACGAGUCCCUCGUUGCGCCGCUGCUGGAGCUGGGGAUCCCGGAGGCUGCGGCGCGGCGGGCUCUGGCGCUCACUGGGGGUCGAUCUGCGGAGGCGGCGGCGCAGCUGUACUUCAGUAGCGGCCUCGAUUCGCAGGAGGAGGAAGAUAUACAAGGCAGUGGUUACUAUAAGAUGGUCUUUGUGGUGAACAUGGAACUCUCCAUGGGAGCUGGAAAGGUUGCUGCCCAGGUGGGGCAUGCAGCAAUUGGCCUGUACCAGCUGAUGCAGGAGAGACCUGCUCACAGGGACAUCGUUAAUCAGUGGGAUGAACAAGGGGCCAAGAAAGUCGUACUUCAGGGACCCAACACUGACCAGUUGCUGGAGCUGCACGCCUUGGCGCUGAGCCUGGAACUGCCAACAUACUUAGUGCAAGAUGCAGGGAGGACCCAGAUUCCAGCUGGGUCCCACACGGUCCUUGCCAUCAUGGGGGAAGAAGAGAUGGUGAACCAGGUGACAGGCCAGCUCAAACUGCUGAACUGAGAAGUCCUUCACAGCUUGGCUCGGUCGUGUGUGCCCUUCUUGGAGCAGGGGGAAGAGCGAGCAACACAAGGCCCACCUGAGCAGCAUGGAAAAGCAUGGGGGCAGCUCUCCUUUAAAAGAGGAGUGCUCCUUUUUAUGAAGCGGAGGCUGUACAGAUCUGUUGCAGUUGGAUUGCCAGGGGAGUCCCAGCUGGGCUUUGUAAGAAGAUGGGUCUGUAUUUUCUGUACCGUGUACAAACUAGGAGAAAUUCCUGGCAGGUAUUGCCUGGGUUUCUUUUUUGCACCAUGGAGAAGCCAUGGAAGGAAUCCUACCAUGGGUGGAGCUUAUUAGGUGCAACCCUUCCCAGCAGCAGGAUAUCUUGUACCUACAGCACACUCCCAAAUUAUCCUCCUUUCUUUUAAAGGAAAGGAAGGGAAGCUGCAGCUUCUGAAGGCAUCUUGUUCUCGUUCAGGACCAUCCUUUCUGCUUUAGGAAGCUGUACAUUCCCUGUUUAGUCCCAGUUCUACCCCUCCUAUCUUUCCCUGCCUCUACUGCUGGAUUAUUUCCCUUCUUACACAUCCUUUUAGUUACACAGUCCAAAUGGCUUUAAAGGAGCUGGAUUUUUCAGGUCGCACUGGCUUUGUGUUGUCCUGUCUCCAGCCCAUGGCAAACUAGAGAAUAGCUGUGCCGGCUCCAACCAAGAAUGGGCUUUAAGUGGAGAUUGUGUGGUGGGAGGCAGACCUUCCAGCAACAGAGGGGGAAGUGGGAACAUUUGGCUGAGUAUAGCAACCACUUCAAUAAAUGAAGCAACGCCUCUGAAGUAAAGCCACAAGAAGGAAAGCUCUGGGGGAGUUUGCUGAUGAUCAUUGCUUCACUGGUACUAGCCAAAACACAUUCAUGGCCAUUCCUUCAACCACACACAUACAUGUGCAUGCAUGCGUCUCACACACACACACACACACACACACACACACACACACACACACACACACAAUAUAUAUGAUGAGAUGGAAUGUCAUCUUUCCUGUGAUGUAAUGGUGCAGUUUUGAGGAAAUUGGAGAAAUGUCCAACCAUCUUAAUGUUCCUGUCCCAGAACAAGAGUGGGAAACCUCUUGCCCUGCCCUGCAGAUAUUGCUGCACUUCAGCUCCUCUUAGCUCUAGUGGUGUCGCAGGUGGUCAGGAAUGAUAGAAGUUGUAGUCCAGAAACAUUUGCCUGGCCAAAGCUCCCCGUCCCUGAAGUAGGCUAGUGUAUUGUCUCCUCAAUAAUGCAUUUGGGCUGAGAGGCCCAGGGUCGUAUAGCAGGUCUGUGGCAGAGGCUAGAUGGUAAUCAGGCUCACUUGCUUUUCUGGUUUUGUGUCAAAACAGUUGGCCAUCAACCAUAUUCCUUCUCACUGCCCUCUUCUCUCUUCCUUGUUGGUGGUUGUUGCAAAGGUACCUACUGGUAGCCAUUUUAGAUUCCUUCUGAUGGGCCAAAGCUGGGGCAAGUCUAGAUGAGCAAGGAAGCAUAGAAUAGUGUGGUUCAUCUUAGCUUUUUUAAAUGGAUAGGCUGACCAAGGCUUAGAACGUGAGUGGGUCACUAACCCAAUGGCUGAAGACUCACACUUUGACCAGCUUGCAUAAGCUUCAUCUUUGUAAGUGGAAAUGAGCAAAUCAGGUGGCUUGACCAAAAAUUACCUGCUUUUAUUUCUGGCAGGGCUCCUGCACCUUCUAACAACUGCCAGAAAUUCAGUAAUUGCAUUUUUCCCUCCAGCAUGCAGAUAUGGUGAGGAGAAAAGGCUUUUGCUUUAACUUUGUGUUGUAUGCAAUUAUUAAAGACACAGGCAGCUCUAGAUAACACUCAUGGCACAUGCCCUGUCUGUUUUGUGAUAAAACUGUGUGUUCCUGUUGGUGCAGUUUUCAGUGCAUGCUGAAAACUAUGCAAAGUCUUCCUGCAAAUGUGCUGUCGAAAAUAUGUUAUGAUUCCUCUAAUUGAGUAGGUUUUCUUUCAUUUGCAAUCUGAAAUGGGUGGUAUAGCCUCAAAUGCAUAGAUGUGAACUCGGUGCCUUCCAGAUGUUUUAGACUACAAUUCCCAUCAUCCCUAAACAUUAAUCAUGCUGUUUGGGAUUCAAAAGAGUUGUAAUCCAAAGCACGCAGAGCCAACCUGUGCCCAUAUUGCUCUGGGACUGCGAUUAUGCUGCAUUGGUAAACGUGGUGUGUGCCUUUUAGAUCAGAUUUUUUUUUCCAGCAAAGGCCACCUACAGCAAAUCUGAAGCCGCACAAUAUCCCAGAGCAGUUCUCUGCUGACAUCAGUCUCCUUCAGAACAGGGCACAGUACUCUGACUUGGCCCAAGAUCCUGACCCUGUUUAACAGGUCAGAAAGAGUGCCUCCAGGGCUUCUUUCUGAGUAGGUCAUGCAAUAAAAGUGUUUGUUAGCUUGUCCCUGUAACCCUGCUCUUUAGGUCAAGUAUUUCACCAAGCAGUGACACAAAUUACUGGCAGAGGCCCAUCUUGUGGAUGGCUGUGGAAGACAACCCCCCCCCCCCCCGCAACUAGGUUAAGAGCUGCUUGGAAUAAAAGGCAACAUGAUGUUUACAGCAAAGUCAUAAACCCCCUGAUGGUUUGAAGUGACUCGUGAUGCAGGGUCCUGCUGGUGGGUAUACAAUUUGCAAAGUUUUAUGUAGCAGGAAAGCAAACAAAUUGCUUUUGGAUAUUUAGAGGGCAUGAACCAUGUGGCUGGAACAGUCACAGAGCAGGCUGUUUUCAUCUCUGCUUUAUAAGCAGGCUUCCCCAACCUGGGGCUCUCCAGAGGUGCUAGACUAGAACACAUCGCUGCCAGCCAGUACAUGCUGGCUGCUGGUGAAGGGUGCUAUAGCCUGGCCUCUUUGGAGGGCCCAGGUUGGAGAAGACUGCUGCUUUUCACCAAGCAUUACAAUCUAUAAAAGCAGGCUGGCAGGCAGAGGAUGGCAAGAAAAGGGCCAGUGGCUGAAGGAAAAGAGCAGUAAUGUUCAGCCAAGCUUUAGCAGCUUUUGGGUUUGCCACUCCAACAGUGCUACAGCAUCCAUUGAUCACUCAAGAUCAAUCACUGUGCAGUCGGAUCCUGUGCCUGCAUACCUGGAAUUAGAUUCCAUUUAGUUACAUGGGGUUCCUAUAUAAGUGUCAGUAGGAUUGUAACCGUAAUCCAUUGCUAACAACUACCCCUCCCCACUCCCUCUCUGGCUACUGCUAUGCAGUCUUUUCCCACUCAACAAGAGUAGUUUAGCUUGCCACUUCCUCCCUUCCCUAUCUCUUUAUUUUGAUGGGGUGUGAGUCCACUGGCUUUUAACACCUAUGUGCUAUAAAACAGUGUUGGUAUUGUCGAAGUCAUGACCAUUCCUUCCCUGCUUCUGACUGCCAGAUUGGCAACUGAAGAGUAGAUUUGGCUCAGUGCUCUCACUUGUGGAGAUCCUACAAGUCUCCCUAUGACCUCAUAGUACCUGUGGUUGCCACUAAGUUAUAGAUCAGGUGGGUGACCCUGCAGGUUGUGGCCUGGUUAUACGUUGGCUUACAUUUGAACUACCUUCUUUUUCUCAAGUUUUGCCUGGCUUCUUGUCAGUGCCCAAGAGUUGGGUGCCUGAGGCCCAUCUGAAGCCUCUGUGGCUCCUCAGCUGGGCAUGCCCCCUUCCCUGCCUCCUUCCCAGCGACUGAUUGAUUGCCGAUUUCCUGGCUUUUGUGCAGACCCCCACACCACUUUACAAGGUUAAAUGCUUCUCCCAAAACUUAGUUACAAGCAGUAAGAGCUUUAAGCUACAAAAUGGUGGAAUUUUGGCCACUGGUAGAAUAUGCCCCUCCCCAAACCUACUCUGGGAAGGACUGAACCAAGUUCUUCACCCCUGCUUUAGUUCUUACCCACAAUGCAGCAAAGAAGCCUUUAUGUUUAGCCACAGCUGCCCACAUUCUGCAUUAUCCUUGCCUCUCCUAUUCUUCCUCUCUGGUUUUAUCUUUACUUCAUGUCCAUUGAUUCUCUCACACUGUCAAAAUUUCGAUUGCAGCAUGGGGUCAGGGCUAGCAACCUGUACUUUUUUCUUGUCAAACUCCACAAAAGGUCCAUGUACAUUGAUAGUGUUGUAUAAACAAUAAUUAAAAUGUAUGCAAACUUCCAGUA